CCAAGACAUCAGGAAAAACUGUGAAGCAGAUCUGAUCGAGGUCAAAGAAACGGCAAAAAAGUUAGAGGAGACUCUUCCGGAUAAGAUUUCAACAGAUGAGCAGCGUGAACUCCUCCAGCUGCUGCUCAAAACUCAUGAGCUGGAGAUAGAAAAUAUCGAGAUGCGCAGCAACCAGCUGCUGAAGGACCACGAACUGCGUCGGAGGGACCUGAUGAUACUGCGCUUCGACCGACAGCGGGCUCUAUGUGAUGAGAUCAUCAGCAGACAGCGUGACGUCAUACAAGACAUGGAAUCGGGUAAGACCGGUAAGAGCCGCUCCGGCAGUGGCGACAUGCCUCCAGAGCUGCAGAAGAUGUAUGAACUUUACACACAGGAGGUCAACAGUCCCAGUGGCCAGCGCGACGCCCGAUUCCUGCACGGACUCAACGAGGUCAUGAGGUCUUCUUCGUCCCUGUCCAUGCGAAGCUCUGUGGACGAGAAGGGUCGACUUCCUCCAAUAAAUGG